AUGUCCGAGAGCUAUCAGGAAGAGUUUGUGGAGAUGGUCAUUCGUGGACUUGCUGGCCCUCCGUUGAUGACGCGAAGUUUUCCCGAGUCAACAAAGAUAAGGGCCGUGAAGAAGGCGUUGAAGGAUGCCAAGCCCGAUUGGAAGUGGAGCCACAUCCAGCUUGCCGCCGGUGAUCAGAUUUGCAACAACUUCCACUCCCUGUACCGCCUGGCUAAAGAUGGGAAGUUAGAGGUGACCGCAACAGCAAUGCAGAGUUUAGAAGCGAUUGAGGUGUGGUGUCACGAAGUGAUGGAGCACGCCUUCAAUGAGCCGCUGGAGAUGGGCGAGUAUGCAGAUGUUCCCUUGGAACGCCUGCCCCUCGACGAGCUGGCCAAUACCCAUCUGAACAUGCUGCUGCGCGAGAACUUUGGAAAUCAUCUCCCCCAGCCACUGUACUGUCCGAAUGAUACCAUCAAGUCGGUCGCCGAAGAAAUUCAUCGUAGCAUUUGUGCAGAGCGCGAUCGCGACGGCAGCACACAAGCCGCGCCGUGA